UAUUCAGCCGUCAUCGAACCAAAACUUCCUCUCUUCAUUCCAUUUCUCCUCCCCUGUUAGAUCUCAAAAUUUGUGGUGGUUCAGAUUCGCAUCACUGGAAAAUCUCUUCUGUAGAAAACAGGCGCACAGAGGUAACUCAAUGGAAGUAGAGCAGAGUGACUCAAUGGAAGUUGAUCAGAGUGUAGGGGUGCUUCCUAAAGAUAUCUACCCAGUUCCUGCACCAAUGCAAGGAAGUGAAGUUACAGGGGGAGAGGAAGCUGUAGCUGAGGUCACAGUUUAUUGUGCAACAAAACAAGACAAGCUCCCAGGUGCUGGCCGACUAUAUGAAGAAGGAAAGCACUGCCAUGAUGUUCUGGGUGAGGAAUUUGACGACGUUGGAGGUUUCACUGUACUGAAAAGACAAGCGUCGUUGUAUAAAGAGAUCUGGUUGAACUAUGGGCACAUUGCAUCGAACCAAGUUCUUACAGAUUUCUAUUAUUCCUCCCAAGUAUCGGUUGUCUCUGAAUUAAUGAGGUUUAUUGUGGAUAUGAAUUGCUACCCUCUCGAGGAGGUUUCUUCAGAUGUAAUUGACUCUUGGGAGAAGAAGAUAAAAGUAGCAGAGAAUCUUGAAUUCAACGUCGUCUGGCUUCGUGAGCGCUUGGAAGAUAUUAAGAAAAUCUUACCUCAGGAGAAGAAGCUUCAAGAAACAUUAGCGGAACAGGAACUGGCAAAGGCACAAGUCGUUGAGGCUGAGCAGCAACUAGUCCUGGCAAAAGAGGGAUUUUCCGCCUUGGAAUCUAAGAUUUCUCGUCUACUCAAGGAAAAACACAAAUUUGUAAACAGAUGCGGUGGUCCUUUGCUGGUUUUUAAUUGCAGCACCAACUUGUUACCUGUCACGUCUCCAGUGCCAAAGGUUGCAACUGUGGUUGAAAAAUCUAUUGACAACAACAACUUAAAGGCAGUGCCUUCUCCAGGUAUUGCAAGAAAAACACGCUUAAUCUCUUUCUAGCCUUAACUUGUAGUCUUGUUGUGUACAUGUAGUGAAUGAAGUUUCCUUUUGAGUCUGAUGCAGACGAAAUUGAUGAUUUCCUUGUAAAAUCAUGUAAUAUUGCAUCAACCUGGUGAUGGGCUGGGAUGCCUAUAUGAAUUUUAAAAUCAUGUAAUAUUUACUUUAACUGAAUUUGAAAGUGAAAUCAGUCCUGUUAGGUGAUAA